UCGCUGGAAGGUUUUGUUUACUGGCGAAGAGGCAGGGAAGAAGGGGAUCCUAGGGGACCCGAGACCGUUCAAUCUACCUCUUUUUGGGUGAAAAAGUAUCAUUUACGCUUGGUUUUAUAUAUUUUUCUCCUCCACGCCGGUGACUGGCAUCAAGGGUUUCACCGGGUGCGGAGACACUGGCGCACUGUGCUAUUCCUGCACAAAAAUGCAAGCGGACUAUCAAGCAAGCCACCGCGAGGUCUGACAGCGUUGAGUCAAAGUCUUAUUGAAAUCUCUGCAUUGGUUGAAGAGUUUUGUUUGGAUUUAUUUCCCGACCGCAAUCCGUGGUCGCAAUUUAAAGGCAGGAAGACGAUUGGAGCUACUUUCCGUCGGUCGGAGGUGGGAUUUUAUACAGAUAAAAAUACGUGGAUUAAGCGCAUUGACUCGUGUUUAGUGCACUACGCCACGCGUGUCGCAAAGCAACGUUCUCGUCGUAGUGAGAAGCGUUAUAUCAACGAUUAUUUCGUUAAAUGUUGUAAUGCAGAUGGAUACGCAUUUACAAAGAAGGUAUACAAUACUAUUGUAUGCAAUAACAUAACUAUGAGAGUUUCAGACCAGCACCAACUUUAGUUGUGGCCUGGACAGUUGGGGAACUAGCAGUUGUUUGCUAGCGCUAGCUCAGCAUUGGCCAACACUGUCUGUUGUGUUACUACUAUCUACUGUUGUGUUGCUAUCGGCCUGUCACGUGUGUGUUCGUCUCCACACAUCGUUUGUACUGCUAGCUUACACUGGAAGACGGCACAUUUUUUAUUCGGAACCAAACACCCGACCCUGGAGUCAUGCCGUACCUAUGGGUUAUCCAUCGGAGUCCGCACCAGCGCCAGCCAUGAAGCUGCUAACGUUAGCUGAUGGACUGAACACGUUGGACUGUCCCUCCGCCCAUUUCCCGGGAUGUCUGUUUUUAUUUGCGUUUGCCUGAUUGCUAGUGCCGCGUAAUAAAACCAAUUUCCGCAAGCGGCUCUUUUUUUUUUUUUUUUGGUUGUUGUUGCUGGUUUGGGGUUUUGUUCCCGAGGACUGUUUUAAAUUUGAUUUAGACGGCGUUGGGUGUUGACUUCACCUGAGUCAACAUGCCGCUGCGGACUUUCUUUGUGGUUUUUGUGGCCACAGUCUGCGUUUUAUGGAACAAUCAUCACACGAAUGGAGAGAUUUGCCCAAGCAAGGACAUCAGGAACAACGUGACCAACCUGAACUUGCUGGAGAACUGCACGGUCAUCGAGGGCCACCUGAAGAUCCUGCUCAUGUUCAAGACCAAGCCCGAGGACUUCCGCGGCCUCAGCUUCCCCCGGCUGCGCGUGGUGACGGACUACCUGCUGCUGUUCCGCGUGUACGGCAUGGAGAGUCUCACCGACCUCUUCCCCAACCUGACGGUGAUCCGCGGCAACAACCUGUUCUUCAACUACGCCCUGGUGCUGUUCGAGAUGCUGCAGCUGCGGGAGAUCGGCCUGCACAGCCUCAUGAACAUCACGCGGGGCGCGGUGCGCAUCGAGAAGAACCCCGACCUCUGCUAUCUGUCCACGCUGGACUGGUCGAAGGUGCUGGACACGGUGGAGGACAACUACAUCGUGGCCAACAAGAACGACCGCGAGUGCGGGGACGUGUGCCCCGGAGCAGCCAAGGGGAAGACCACCUGCCAGAUGACCACCAUCAACGGGCACUUUAGCGAGCGCUGCUGGACACAGAAGCACUGCCAAAGAAUGUGCCCGGUCCACUGUAAGCACCGUGCCUGCGCCCGCAACGACCAGUGCUGCCACGAGCAGUGCCUGGGGGGCUGCGUGCGGGGCGACUCGGCCAGCCACUGCGUGGCCUGCCGCCACCUCCAGCACGGGGACACCUGCGUGAAGCACUGCCCCGCCGACCACUUCACCUUCAAGGGCUGGCGCUGCGUCUCGCAGGCCUUCUGCCAGGAGCUCCACAGCCGCUGCAGGGAGCAGCGCAAGAGCAAGAGCCCCGACUGCCACGAGUACGUGCUCCACAACGGGGCCUGCAUCCCCGAGUGUCCCUCCGGCUACACCACCGUCAACGCUUCCUCGCUGCACUGUAUCCCGUGCGCGGGGCCAUGUCCCAAGGUGUGCAUGGGUUUGAAGACGGUCGAGUCGGUGACGGCGGCGCAGGCCCUGAGAGGCUGCACGGUGCUCAACGGGAGCCUGGUCAUCAACCUGCGUGGUGGGAACAACAUAGCGGCGGAGCUGGAGGCUAACCUGGGCCAGCUGGAGGAGAUCACGGGCUACCUGACGGUGCGUCGCUCCUACGCUCUGGUCUCGCUGUCCUUCUUCCGCAAGCUCCGCGUCAUCCACGGGGAGGAGCAGGAAGUCGGGAACUACUCCUUCUACGCCCUGGACAACCAGAACCUCAGGCAGCUGUGGGACUGGUCCAAGCACAAGCUGACCAUCCGCCACGGCCGCAUGUUCUUCCACUAUAACUCCAAGCUGUGCAUGGCGGAGAUACGCAAGAUGGAGGAAGUCACAGGCACCAAGAACCGGCAGGUCAAGAACGACAUCGCCUCCAAGAACAACGGAGACCAAGCCUCAUGUGAGAACCAGGUGUUGAACAUCACGCAGAUCCGGACCCUGAGCGAUAAGAUCAUCAUCAAGUGGGGGCCCUUCUGGCCCCCAGACUUCCGAGAUCUGCUGGGCUUCAUGGUGCUCUACAAGGAAGCGCCCUUCAUGAACGUGACGGAGUUCGACGGGCAGGACGCGUGCGGCUCCAACAGCUGGGUGAUCGCCGACGUGGACCCCCCGCCGAGGGACAAGGAGAACGAGCCGGGCCACCUCAUCAUGCCGCUGAAGCCCUGGACGCAGUACGCCAUCAUGGUGAAGACCCAGCUGUCGGCCUACGACGAUCACCAGGCCCAGGGCGCCAAGAGCGAGAUCAUCUACGUGCGCACCAACGCCACCAAGCCCUCUGUGCCCCUGGACCCCAUCUCCUCGUCCAACUCCUCCUUCCAGAUCAUCCUGAAGUGGCGGCCACCCAACGACGCCAACGGCAACAUCACUCACUACCUGGUGUUCUGCCAACGCCAGGCUGAGGCCAGCGAGCUCUACAAGUUUGACUACUGCCAGAAAGGCAUGAAGCUGCCGUCGCGGGUGCCCACGCAGGUGGACAGUGAGGAGGAGCAGCGGUGGAACCAGACGGACGACCAGGGCCCCGGGACGCGCUGCUGCGCCUGCCCCAAGACGGAGAAGGAGCUGAAGAAGGAGAAGGAGGACUCGGAGUACCGCAAGACCUUCGAGGACUACCUCCACAACGAGGUGUUCGAGAUCAAACCCACCAGACAGCGGCGAUCCGUGGCGGCGAUGGGCGUGGCCAACAGGACCUUCCCCUUCCCGUUCACCUUCUCGCCCACCGUGGCCACCGGCGGCCGGGCCGGGGGCGGGGCUAGCGGCGGUGAAGACGGGGCGGGCGGCGAGGACAGGGGCGGGGAAGAAGAGGCGUUUGAGAGCACCAAGAUUGAGCUGAAGGUGCGCGGGCGCGAGUCCACGGUCAUCUCCAACCUGCGCCACUUCACCAGCUACCAGAUCGAGAUCCACGCCUGCAACCACCUCACGGACCCGGCGCGUUGCAGCAUGGCGGCCUACGUCAGCGCCCGCACCCUGCCCGAGGACAAGGCUGACGACAUCGCCGGCGUCAUCUCCUACGAGGUCAUCGAGUACACGGUGCACGUCAAGUGGCAGGAGCCCAGCACCCCUAACGGGAUGAUCAUCCUGUACGAGGUCAACUACAAGAGGAUGGGGGACACUGAGGAGCUGCAGCAGUGUGUGUCCAGGAACAUGUACAGGCUGUCCAACGGCACCAAGCUCAGAGUGGUGCAUCCUGGGAACUACUCGGCCAAGGUGCGCGCCACGUCGCUGGCCGGCAACGGCUCCUGGACCGCGCCCACGUUCUUCUACGUCCCGGACAGGGUGACGGACCCCACGAACAUGUUGAAGAUCCUGAUUGGCCCCGUCAUCUGUUUCAUCCUCCUGCUGUUCGUGGCGGGGGCCGGCUUCGUGGUGUUCAAGAAGAAACAAACCCAGGGGCCCAGCGGACCGAUCUACGCCUCCUCCAACCCAGAGUACCUCAGUGCCAACGACAUGUACGAGCCGGACGACUGGGAGGUGCCGCGGGAGAAGAUCAACAUCCUGCGCGAGCUUGGCCAGGGCUCGUUCGGCAUGGUGUACGAGGGCAUCGCCAAGGACGUGGUGAAGGGCGAGGGCGACAUGCGCGUGGCCGUCAAGACGGUCAACGAGUCGGCCAGCCUGCGCGAGCGCAUCGAGUUCCUCAACGAGGCGUCCGUCAUGAAGGCCUUCACCUGCCACCACGUGGUGCGUCUGCUGGGCGUGGUCUCCAAGGGUCAGCCCACCCUGGUGGUGAUGGAGCUGAUGACCCACGGUGACCUCAAGAGCUUCCUGCGCUGCCUGCGCCCCGACUCUGAGAACAACCCGGGCCGCCCGCCGCCCACGCUGAAGGAGAUGAUCCAGAUGGCGGCGGAGAUCGCCGACGGCAUGGCCUACCUCAACGCCAAGAAGUUCGUCCACCGGGACCUGGCCGCCAGGAACUGCAUGGUGGCUCACGACCUGACCUGCAAGAUAGGAGACUUCGGCAUGACCCGGGACAUCUACGAGACGGACUACUACCGGAAGGGGGGCAAGGGCCUGCUGCCCGUCCGGUGGAUGGCCCCGGAGUCCCUGAAGGACGGGGUCUUCACCGCAAACUCAGACUGCUGGUCGUUUGGCGUGGUGCUGUGGGAGGUGAGCACCCUGGCGGAGCAGCCUUACCAGGGCCUGUCCAACGAGCAGGUGCUCAAGUUCGUCAUGGACGGGGGCUUCCUGGACCGCCCCGACAACUGCGCCGACAGACUUCACAACCUGAUGCAGAUGUGCUGGCAGUACAACCCCAAGAUGCGGCCGGCCUUCCAGGAGAUCAUCGAGAUGCUGCGCGAGGACCUGCACCCCAGCUUCCAGGAGCUGUCCUUCUUCUACAGCCAGGACAACAAGCCGCCCGACAGCGAGGACUUUGACCUGGACAUGGAGAACAUGGAGAGCAUCCCCCUGGAUCCCUCCUCCUACUCCCAGCGGGGGGGCGGCGGCGGCUCGGAGCGGGACGAGGGCUCGUCGGUGGGGCUGCGGGGCAGCUAUGAGGAGCACCACGUGCCCUACACACACAUGAACGGGGGCAAGACCAACGGACGGAUACUGCCGCGCUCCACGCCGUCCUAACAUAGCCCGGAAAGACUCCUCGAGACACACACACACACACACACACACACACACACACACACACACACACACACACACACACACACACACACACACACACACACACACACACACACACACACACACACACACACACACACACACACACGUAGAUGCUACAGAUAGAUUAUAUAUAUAUUUUUUGUGUUGUUCCGUUUCCUCGUCAUUUUAUAUAGAGCUCACUCGCGUCACUCUCAGCCCAGUACCUCCCCCUCCCUCAGUGCAUAUCUCAGGACCUUUAUUUUUAUUUUUUUCCUCGGAUGCCACGAACUCCACUCUCCUCCGACCUGAUCGCACACACACUACAGUAUGUCCACUACAAGGACGCCAAAUGACACUUUCGUGUUUUGUAUUUGAAAAAAAGAAAAUAACGGACCUCUCUCUCUCGCUCUCUCUCUCUCUCGCUUGUUCAUGAUUGUAGUUUUAUAUAUAUAUAAAUAUAUAUAUGUAUAAAUAUAAAUAUAUUGCCAAUUUUUUUGUGCUAGACAGGGGCGGAUGAUAGCUUCAACUGUGAAACUUUUUUUUAUGGUUUUUAGUUUUAUUUUUGACAGACAAGAAGGCUGCUAAACCCUACAGUCCCCCUUUUUCCCAUUCCCGUCGGUUCUCCCCUUGGCGGCUCAGUCGGGGAGGUGGUGAAUAAAGAAGUGCCCUUCGGUUGUGUCGGUGACCCCGCUGCAAAACAAAUCACGGGAUCCCGUUCCGGCCCCUGUACUCGAGUGGUCGCACAAACGACAAACUUAAACAGAAAUAACAAGAACUCGGUCAAACGGUUGGCGGUGAACAAACUGAUCCAGCAGAGAAACUGGUUGAAAAAACGGACUUUCCUCACAAUCUGCAGUAUUCCACAAUGGCACACAGGAUAAACUGAUUCAUUUUGUGGGUUGUACUUUUUUAUUUAUUUACAUCGUUCUUUUUUUUUUUUUUUGGACAUUCACAGCUGAAGGAUAUUUAAACUGUUCAAAAAAACAUUUUGACCAAUAGCUGCUUCUUUGGUAUAUUUUAGUGGGUCUAGAAAGAUAUAAAUAUAUAUAAAUAUAUUGAUGUUUUUUUUGUACAUAGAUGAUAUGUUGUUCUUGAGGUAUUUGCUGUUGUAGGAAACCUUUUUACUUAUUAGUCUUAUUAUUUGUUUGUUUGUUUUUUCUAAUCCAGAAAAUCAUACUAAUUAUCAUUUGGACUCUUGAUCAACCAACAGCACUAUUUUUUUGUUUUUUUCUUGUCUUUUUUUUGCUAUACAGUGCACAGGAGCAGCCAAGUUGACAUUUCGUGUUAUGGAUGUCGGCCCCUAAUAUCAAGAUCAAAUAAAAUUCUGCUGUAAAUAAAGCAGCCGGAUGCAUUCAUGAAAAAGGCUCCUGAACAACGUAUUUUCUUCUGACACGUCUCUAAUGGUUGUCAGUGUGGAGUGGGCAAUGUCAUGCCCACACAUGUUGGAUAGCUUUGCUAAUCGCUUUUUAAAGAAUGUUUUUUUUGACUACUCAUUCAGCUGAACAGAGCGCUUACAAGGGGUGUAAGCUCUUUAAACGAUGUAGAGUAAAUAUCAAUUAAAUCCCUGAUAAUAAA